AUGACGUCUUCUGAUAUUUCUCCUAAAGGCCACAUCGGCUCUCAAGGCUUUGAUGAGAAGACUCAUGAGCUUCCCGACUCUUCGUCCGGAGAGCCGCCCAUCAAACAACACUACAAUACCGUCACCCGCGGAGAAUCUGUCCCGUCCUCUGACGAUAUAAACGACAAUAUUGUCGGUUAUGAUGGAAGGCUUAUGGGAGCGCGGACUAGGUUGAGUAGCCAGCAGGAGAAGAAAUUACUGCGACGAAUUGACUGGCAUCUCAUUCCUUUGCUUUCGGUCAUGUACAUGGUCAAAUCAAUUGAUGCUUCCAACGUUUCGAAUGCUCGAAUCAUGGAUCGCGGAACGCCGAGGAAUAUCAUGACGGAGCUGAACAUCUCGGCUGAUGACUACAACUUUGUCACAAUGGCGUACUAUAUCCCGUAUAUCUUGGCGGAGACACCUUCCAACCUGCUGGUCAAGCGCCUCAAGCCAUCAGUUUGGCAAGCAAGAAUCAUGAUAUCCUGGGGUAUUGUUCUCGUCUGUCACGCUGCAGUAAAGAAUGCCGCCGGCUUGUAUACAGUCCGCGCUUUUCUUGGCCUCUUCGAGGCUGGACUCUGGCCUGGUAUGCUUCUCCAGUUAUGCUACUGGUACCGUCCUGAUGAAAUGGCAUCGCGUAUUGUUCUUGUUACUAUCCUUGGUAACUUUAGUGCUGUUGUUAGCGGUGUCCUCGCCUUUGCAUUCAACGGUGUUCAUGCACAGGGCUUGUCAGGCUGGAAAUGGCUUAUCUUAACGGAGGGAGUAUUCACUAUUCUUCUGGGUAUUUUCGCAUACGUCUUCAUGCCUGAUUUCCCGGAUACAGCUCGCUGGAUGACCGAGGAAGAGAAAGCUUUUGUCCAAGCUCGACUCCCCAUCAACGCCCCUAGAGCCGCCGAGAAAGAUUUUGACUGGAAAGAGUUCCGGAACACUCUGAAAGAUCACAAACUCUGGCUAUUUCUUCUUUGCUGGGCAUUUUAUACCAUCGGAACAACGGGGCUCAACUUCUAUCAACCGACAGUUAUCGCAAAUCUCGGCUUCACGUAUACAAUGAUGUGGCCAUGGAGAGUCCAAACAACAGACGGAGCCACCGGUUCAGCGUUUGCCAUUGCAUUUGCGAAUAGUUAUGGCCAGAUUGGAGGCGCUGUUGGAUCGCAGCUGUUUAAUUCGCGCUUCGCACCCAGAUACACCACGUCGUUUGGGAUCGCGAUGGGAUUCAUUGGUAUGGCUAUUAUCAUGAACGUGAUCACUUGGUCGUUUACUUGGAAAGUGGAUGUUGCGACGAGACGGCUCAAGAGGGCGAGGGAUGCUGCUGCGAAGAGGAAUGAGGCUAUUCUGGAUGAUGUUGAUAUCCAUGCCAAAACUUAG